AUUUAAUUACAUAAAAAUUAAUCUUCAGUAAUAGUUGCAUAGCAUAAGGUGUCGCAAGCUUUAUACGGAAUUUUGAGAAAAUAAUUUAUGAAAGUAUGACGCAGAAUAUAUUAUUAAUUGUUUUAUUGUUUUUGCUCGGCGCAGAGCACAUUACACAGGGGUACACAAUACGCGAAGCACGCAGCGCUGAAACUGAUCAAACCUUCCAAACGGAACGACCUGAUGAAAAUUCGGUGGAAAAUAGUUUUAUUAGCAGUGCUACACGUGCCGAAUUCGAGCGUGAAGCGUUGAAUGAAACAAAACUAUUCCUGAACACUUUAUUUCGUUCGCAAAUCGACUAUUUCAGCAAGGUUAAGGUACUGCUGCCGGCCACAGGAAAGAGGGUGAGCGAUAUUGAUAAGUAUAUUGAGCGUUUGGAGAAAGCUAUAUUAGCGGAUUCUGUACAGGAGAAAGAUAAAAUGUGGCGUGAUACAUUCAUUGAGUUUAGCGAAAGCGCCUUUUUGCUCAAUGUUGAAAAGGAUACUGGCGUUUCGAAUUCACGUUAUUUGGAAAUUCUCAACGAUGCUGGUUUGGAGGAGACAACCAAGAAAUUUCUAGCCGAUGUGUCGAUAUAUUUUUGGAAAAUGGCCAAAGCUAGCGGUAAAGCAGUGGAAUCGACCAUUGAUGAACGUAUUGAAAAAUGGAAAAGGGAGUGAUUAUUUCAUGAAAAACAAAAAGAAAAUGUGAAACAAGUCUGAGAAUAAACUUUGUUGAACGAAGUACAAAAA